AUGGAUCUUUAUGAAGCUGCGAGGCAGGGCAACAUUGAAGGUAUAGAGUCUGCGGUUGAGAAAGGGUGCGAUGUCAAUGCCGCUGUCAAAAAUGGGAAGCCCCCUCUCUGGUUCGCCGUACAAAGCGGCCAUUCUGAUGCAUGCAAAAUUCUGAUUGCCCGAGGAGCUCGCGUGGAAGGGCAAGGACAUAGCAUUCUCGAGCUCGCAGUCGAAGGAGAGCAUACCGAGAUUGUCGAAUUGCUGUGGCCAUACUGCAAAGUGGAAAGCCAACAUCGCUGCUUAGAAACCGCUAUCUCACUGGGAUUUCAUGGAAUCGCUGAUUUCUUGGUUGGAACUCAAGUAUUCGGGUAUCAGCACUCGCAAGCCAGUGAUAUAGAACUGCUCAUGAAAGACGGAUUCUCACGACGAGAAAUUAAAGCUUUCCAGCAAUGGGAGAGGUUUAUCUUUGUUCGGCGCUCGGAGAAGCUCAAUUUGCAUCGUAUCUUUUUUGACUACGCCCUUCUUCUCGCAACAAAGGCCGAUCGCAACGCGGGGCUUCGACUAGUGAACUUAUUGCUUGGAGGGGAGAAACCUUUGGCCGACGCAAAUUGCAUGAUCAACAUCGACAAGGAAAUUGAGACGCCCUUGACGAAUGCAGCUGAGAAAGGCAACUUGGAAAUACUGGCUACUUUGAUUGAGCGCCCUAAUACGAGGUUGACGAUUUGUGGCAAAUACAACUGGCCCGCCUUUCUCCAUCUGCUGGCGAGUUCCGAUUCCAUCGCCUCUGAAAAGGGCCGGGCUAUAGCCCGGAAGUUGUCCAAGGAGGGUCUGCCCGAUUCAUUCCUGGUUGAUAGCAAGGAAGCUCGUCUAGAAACUGUAUUCAAAAACGUCCUUCGGCUGGGGGACGAGGCUCUUAUAAAGCAGGUGAUCGACCUUGUUCACGGCGCUGCGGGAAUUUACAUUCUGCCACUAUUAAUUAGAGCGAAUGAAGCCUAUGGUCUGAGAUGGAUUUUGAAUGAUGACAUCGCGCACGCAUCCAAACCGCCACCAAUACUUUGGGUGUUGCUUUGCAACUUUUUUAAACGUGAUCCAAGCUCUGACGCUCUGGGGACUUUUAUUCAAGUGGCGAAAUUUCUGGUAGAAAAGGCAAUUUGGGACCGGAUGAUACUGGUGUGCCUCAAUUCCCGCAACUUUCGCUUUGUCAAGCAAUUCUUCUACCCUCUCAACGAGAUCCCACCGAGGGAAGUGGCGGAAGAAACAUUGGCAGGAUUUUCUCAGGCGUCCACAGAUCAAUCCCUCGUAAGGGAGUGGGCUGAGAAAGGCUUUGCUAACGCAGCACUGUGGAGCGCCAUUCGAUCCGGGAUAUGGAAGACUCCAGCAUUUGAAAGCCUCCUUUCAUGCUCUAAUAUUGACCUGGACGAGCCAUUUCCACGUAAAAAGAGCUCAGAGACAGCAGACGCUAAUCGACUUUCACCUCCUUUGUCCGGCAAUUCAACGAGUGAAAAACGAAAAUUCCCGUUCAGACUACCUACGGGAAAUUCCCUAAGGCUGCCUCUCGAACCCGGUACGCCUGUCCUCCAAGACUAUCAAAUGCAACUCAUGUUACUCGAACAACAAAACAAAAGGAGACUGAUGAUGGCCCGAAACGAGCAAAUGGAAAUGACAACGGAACAAGGCAUUCUGGCCUGGACAGGGGGGAAAAGCCCUCUGGCUUGGGCCGCGACAAAUCGUAAUGUUGAGCUUAUGGAAGCUCUUCUGCGCAGCUCGCGCGUCAACGUCAACUCACAGGACGUCCAGAAACGAACCCCUCUCGUACACGCUAUUGCCGUCGGUGAUCGGCAGACUGUGGAGACACUGUUGAAAUUUGGAGAUAUUGAUCUUAAUUUGCGCGAUAAUGAAGGUAGAACCGCUAUUUUUCAUGCCGCACAAGGGGGAGACUUGCAUAUCAUACAAUUGCUCACCGAGACCCAAAAGGUGGACUUUUCCAUUCGCGAUUGCAAUGGCGAAAAUGUCCAGGAUAUUGCGGUAAAGAAGGGAAGACAAGAUGUCGUGGCUGCACUUGCAACUUGA